AUGUCCCUCACGCAGGAGGCGGUGCUGUCCGGCCCUUUACCCGUGGAAAAGAGGCCGGACGUGGAAAAGGCCGGCAUCGACCCCCCGGAUGAGUUUGACCUGCUCCGCGAAGCCGACUCGGAACGGGACUCGACAGCCCCCCUGCUGGACAAGGAGGCGCCGGAACUGCCAAAGGCCUCGCGGGCCAAGGUGCUAUUCUUCAUCGUGGUGAAUAUCCUGGCCACGGUGGGCAUUGUCUUUACCAACAAGGCCAUCUUUUCGCACCCGUCGCUCAAGAAUGCCCAGCUCUCGUUUGCGAGCUUCCACUUCGUCAUCACCUGGCUGAUCCUGCACACGCUGUCGCGGCCGCGGUUCGCCGUCUUUGCGCCGCGCCGCGUGUCCAUCCGCGAGGUCGCGCCGCUGUCCGUCGCCAUGUCGUGCAGCGUCCUCUUCACCAACCUGUCGCUGACGUACUCGACCAUCACCUUCUACCAGGUGGCCAGGACGCUGCUGACGCCCUGCGUCGCCGGCAUGAACUACUUCUUCUACCGGGCCGGCCUCCCGCGCAGCGCCGCGCUCGCCCUCAUCCCCACGUGCCUCGGCGUGGGCAUCGUGUCGUACUACGAGAAGCAGCCCGCCGCCGCCGCCGACGACGGCAAAUCGAGCAUCACCUCCAGCCUGGGCAUCAUCUUCACCGUGUGCGGCAUCUUCGCCUCGUCCAUCUACACAGUGUGGGUGGCGCGCUACCACCGCAAGCUGCACAUGUCGAGCAUGCAGCUGCUGCUCAACCAGAUCCCCGUCUCGGCCUUUUUCCUGCUCUACUUCCUGCCCUUUGUGGACGUGCUGCCGGCGUGGGAGACGCUGACGCCGAACCGCUGGGUGCUGAUUCUCAUGUCGGGCCUGUUUGCGGCGGCCAUCAAUAUUUCCCAAUUCUGCGUCAUUGCUCAGACUGGUCCCGUGUCCAGCACGGUUGUCGGCCAUGUCAAGAACUGCGUCAUUGUGUCCAUUGGCUGGGCGUACUCCAACAAGUCGAUUGUCGACAAGUCGGCCAUAGGGCUGGUCCUGGCUCUGGGGGGGAGCGCAGCGUACUCGGUCAUUACGCUCAAGAAGAACAGCCUGGCGCAGAGCAAGCACGGAAAGUAG